AAUUCUAUGAUUUAGCGAGAUUCGGGAAAAGCCAGGUCAUCAUCCUCCUCCUCCACCGUUUCCACGCUAUUCCUCCAUCCCUAUAUCCUCGCCAACACUCCACUCACUCUGCAAUAGAACCCAGAAAUUUUCUUAGAUUCCAGUGUCAGCAAUGGAAGCGCAUGGCAAAAGUGCAGAGACCCCUCUGCUUGGAUCCUCGCACAGAGGCACAGCUUCCUCCAUUCAGACUCUUGGAAACAUCCUUGUCUCCAUAGUGGGCACUGGCGUGCUGGGCCUGCCUUUCGCUUUCCGUGUGGCGGGCUGGCUUGCGGGGACAGUCGGUGUCAUCGUUACUGGACUGUCCACUUGUUACUGCAUGCUCAUCCUAGUGCAAUGCAGAAAACGGUUGGUGUGCGGGGAAGAGAAGACGUAUGGGGAUUUGGGGUACGAAUGUCUGGGAAAACCAGGCCGUUAUCUGACGGAGUUCCUGAUUUUCAUCUCCUAUUGUGGUGGUUCGGUGGCGUAUCUGAAGUUUAUUGGGCAGACACUGGCAUCGGUUUUCAGUGGUAUGACGUUUACAUCCUUUAUAUUUUGCUUGGUGCCGAUUGAAAUUAUGCUUUCCUGGAUCCGAACCCUGUCUGCGCUAUCGCCGUUUACUAUCUUUGCGGAUGUUUGCAACGUUGCGGCCAUUGCCAUGGUGGUGAAAGAGGAUGUGCAAGUGCUGUGGGGAAGUGGGAGUGAUAUUGGGGAAAGGAGGGCGCUGUCGCCCACCAUUGCAGGGCUGCCGUUUGGGGCUGGGGUGGCGGUGUUUUGCUUUGAAGGGUUCGGUAUGACACUGGCAUUGGAGGGGUCUAUGAGGGAGAGGGAUGCGUUUACGAGGGUUUUGAUUCAGGCGUUCUGUGGGUUAACCACUGUGUAUGUGUUGUUUGGGCUGAUUGGUUACUUGGCUUAUGGUGAUCAAACUCUGGAUAUUGCAACGCUUAAUCUUCCACAAGGCUGGUCAUCCAUGGUGGUGCAGCUUGGGUUGUGCAUGGGGCUAGUGUUUACAUUACCAAUCAUGUUGCACCCACUGCAUGAGAUUAUGGAGGUGAAGUUAAAAGAGAGUAGAUGGUUUCAGAAGUACUGCUACGAUGGUGGUGAUUAUUUGACAAGAGCAGGAAAGCUUGGAAUGUACGUAAUGCGUGCAGUUGUGGUGAUGGAGUUGGCUCUCGUGGCCUCAUAUGUGCCAGCAUUUGGUGUGUUCACUUCCCUUGUGGGAAGCACUGUAUGUGCACUGAUUUCCUUCGUUUUGCCCACCAUUUUUCACCUAAAAAUAUCAGGUUCUUCCCUCCCCACCUGGCAGAAGGCAUUGGAUGUUUGCAUUUUGUCUUGUGGAUUUCUUUUUGCUUGCUAUGGUACUUACAACACCAUCUUUGGAGCUCCAAGGGAUCUUGGCUACAUUCAUACUUGAUUGCUGCUUGGAUCAUAGAACAGGUACAAAGAGGAAUAAUCUAAACAAUAAUUGAGUGUAUUAUUCGAGAACAUUACGAGUCAAGCAUUUUUCUGCUUUUGCUUCCCA